AGAUGUACUUCACCUUGCUGCGUCACAUUUUAAGGUCCGAUUGUUGUUAUCUCCAUGCGUGAGUCACCGCCGUGCGCUCUCCGGUGAUGUCACGGUCCUGUCACCUUGUCAGUUGGUCCUGUCUCGUGUAUCUGUUGGUUGCCCGCGUGCCGGGUGUGUGGUUGCCUUCCAGUUUUGCUGCAUUUCAGCUGGUCUUCCACGUAUCAGGAGUAAGAUCGCCCAUCUCAGCCGGACGUUGUUCUGCACCUCACUAAGAUUCAACGGAAGAUUCUACAAAUCUGUUCCUGAAUUCCACUGCCCAGUGACUGCUAUAAUUUGUUGCUUUAAACAAAAGCUAUUGAGAGUUAGGAAUGCAUCUAAAAUGAAUCUCUAUGAAAAGAACGAGGAGGGGAAUGCUGUCAGCUGUGUCUCUAUGAAGAGCAACAAUUCCAUUAAUCAACCUGUUGAAUUUUGUGACAAAUUAGGAAUCAAUAAUCAAAGUGGGGUGAAGAAUGAACUGAUCGAGGUUCAGUCAAAAUGUGAAGAUUGUGAGCAGUUUCUGAGAGAACCAGUGUCUAUCACCUGUGGACAUAAUGCCUGCAGAAAGUGUUUCAGCUGCUGCUUGGACCAGAGCAGUUCAACAGAAGACUUUGGAUGUCCGCAAUGCCAAGAGAAAUGUAAAGCAUGUCCUGUUUCUCUCACAAAAUCAGCCCUUCUGGAGAAGGCUGGAGACCUACAGCAGGAUUGUCACAAACCAGUAGAUGAUGUCCUACAGAGAGUCAAAGACCAACACAAAACCAGCAUGAAGAACAAAUAUGAGAGCAUAUUUGAGGGAAUCAAACUACAAGAGAAUCAAACUCUCCUGAACAGGAUUUACACACAGCUCUAUAUCAUAGAGGGAGAUAGUGAAGGGGUGAAUGAAGAACAUGAGGUUUUAAACAUGGAGAAAAGAGCCAGAACUCAACACUUACAAAACACUCCAAUCUACUGCAAUGACAUCUUUAAACCCUUACCUGAACCAGGAUGUGAGGAGAAGAGAAAAUACCAAAAAGAGACUGUUCUUACUAAAGGCAUCGCUGGAAUUGGAAAAACCAUCUCUGUGCAGAAGUUCAUUCUGGACUGGGCAGAGGGAAAAGCCAAUCAGGAUGUAGAUUUCAUGUUUGUGCUUCCAUUUCGAGAGCUGAACUUGAUUAAAUAUGAGCGGUACAGUCUUCACAAACUUCUGCUGGACUUUCAUCCUGAACUUCUUGAUCUGGACUCAAAGAUUUAUGAAGAGGUUAAACUUGUGUUCAUCUUUGAUGGUCUGGAUGAAAGCAGAAUUCCACUGAUGUUUUCAGACAGUGAGAAAGUUUCUGAUGUCACUGAGAAUUCAUCAGUGGGUGUGUUGAUGUCAAACCUUAUCAAAGGAGAUCUACUCCCCUCUGCUCUCAUCUGGAUCACCUCCAGACCAGCAGCAGCCAAUCAGAUCCCCUCCAAAUACAUCAAGCGUGUGACAGAAAUUCAGGGAUUCAAUGACCCUCAGAAGGAGGAAUAUUUCAGGAAGAGAAUCAGUGAUGAGCAUCAAGCCAGCACAAUCAUCUCACACAUUAGAAGAGCAAGAAGCCUCCACAUUAUGUGCCACAUACCAGUCUUCUGUUGGAUCUCAUCCACUGUGUUUCAAAACAUCCUGAAACAAGAUGACAGUGCAGAAAUCCCUCAAACUCUGACUGAAAUGUACAUCCACUUCCUGCUCAUUCAGAUCAAUGUGAAGAAUCAGAAGUAUGAAGAGAGAGAUCCAGAGAAACUCCUGCAGUCCAACAGAGAAGUGAUUGUGAAACUUGCUGAACUGGCUUUCAAACAGCUGAUGAAGGGCAAUGUCAUGUUCUAUGAGGAGGACCUGAGAGAGAGCGGCAUAGACAUCACUGAGGCCUCAGUGUAUUCUGGGAUCUGCACUGAGAUCUUUAAGGAGGAAUCUGUGAUUCAUCAGAGGAAAGUCUACUGCUUCAUACAUCUCAGCUUCCAGGAGUUUCUGGCUGCUUUUCAUUGCUUUCACGGCUAUGUAUGUAGUACUACGGAGGCAGUAAAGGUUUUUGAUUCAUUGUAUAAUUUACUUAAGGGAACUGUAGAUAAAGCUGUAGAGAGUGACAAUGGAUACCUGGAUCUUUUCUUGCGAUUCCUGCUGGGCAUCUCACUGGAGUCUAAUCAGAGGCUCUUACAGGAUCUACUGACACACACAGAGAACACCUCAUUAAGCAUAAUGGAAACUAUUAUUUAUAUUAAAAGUAAACUCAAAGAGGGACAUGGAUUAUCAGCUGAUCGAUCCAUCAAUCUGUUCCUCUGUCUGCUGGAGAUGAAAGAUCAGACUUUAUACAGAGAGAUUCACAAUUUUCUGAAAUCAGACAAACACUCAGAGAAUAAACUCUCUCCUGCUCAAUGUUCAACAAUCGCCUACAUGCUUCAGAUGUCAGAGGAAGUGCAGGAUGAGCUUGACCUGAAGAAAUACAACACAUCAGAGGAGGGUAGAAGAAGACUGAUACCAGCUGUGAGCAACUGCAGAAAAGCUCUUUUUGCUGACUGUAAUCUCAGUGGUCAGUUUUGUGACAUUGUGGUCUCAGCUCUACAGUCACCAAACUCCCUCCUGAGAGAACUGGACCUGAGUAACAAUGACCUGCAAGAUUCAGGAGUGAAGCUGAUUUCUGAUGCACUGAAGAGUACAAACUGUAAACUAGAGAUACUGAGAUUGUCUGGCUGUAUGGUGACAGAGGUCGGCUGUUGUUAUCUGGCUUCAGCUCUGUGUUCAAACCUUUCACACCUAAUAGAGCUGGAUCUAAGCUACAAUCAUCCUGGAGAAUCAGGAGUCGAACUGCUCUCUGAAAGACUCAACAAUCCAAACUGCAAACUGGACAAACUCAAUCUGGACCAUAAUGACCUCUUCAGAAUCACACCAGGACUACUGAAAUAUGCCUGUGAUCUCACACUGGAUCCAAAUACAGCAGACAUUCGUUUCUCCCUGUCUGAAGGUAACAGAAAGGCAACAUAUAUGAAAGAGCAACAGCCAUAUCUUGAUCAUCCAGAGAGAUUUGAAAAGUGUUCUCAGGUUCUGUGUAGAGAGAGUCUGACUGGACGCUGUUACUGGGAGGCUGAAUGGAGCGGGAGGGGUGCUUAUAUAUCAAUGGCAUAUAAAGCAAUCAGCAGGAAAGGAGAGAAUGAUGACUGUCUGUUUGGAUGCAAUGAAAAGUCCUGGUCUCUGGACUACUCCUAUAACAGAUUCAGUGCCUGGUACAACAAUAACUACAUACACAUACCCACCCCUUCACCCACGUCUGACAGAGUUGGAGUGUAUCUGGACUGGUCGGCCGGCACUCUGUCCUUCUACAGCGUCUCUGACACACACACACUCACACACUUACACACAUUCAACAACACAUUCACUGAACCACUCUAUGCUGGAUUUGGAAUUUAUCCUAAUACUUCAGUGUCUCUUUGUCAGAUUGAACAAAAACAACUGAGAUCCUGUUUACACCUGUCUACACCUUUUUAGUGAUUCGAUCACACAUGGUUAGCGCUUAAAAGAGGUGUAAACAGGGUCUAAAACGUUUUGUGAUCAGAUCACAAAAAAUAUUUUUCUAUUUAUGUUAUACUUUUUAUACAUUGCUAACUUGAUAUUAUACUUUCGUGUAAACUCUAUGACCUCCAGAGACCUCAUAGUUGGGGCAAGAGAUCUUAAUAUCUGGGUUUUAUGAUUUAUUGUCUAAACGUUUGUGCAGUUGAGACAGACAAAGGAUGUCUUGAUUGCUUUGCUUAUCUUGCUGAGCUCAAUAAUUUACAAUACCUAGCUCAAACAUGCAAGAAGGUAUGUUUUGGACACUUAGACUUAACCACAGUUUUCGUACCUCAAUUUAGUUAUUGCCUAACAUCAUGCAGAACUAUUGCACCUAAAAAGAAAGUGCUUUUGUACAUACACAUGGGGUAUUAGAGACCCUAACCAAUCUUUCAGGGGCAGACUAAAUCAUCUUACUCUUUUGGCUCUCCGCAUCUGACUCCAACCCUUGAGGCCUCAGCUCAUAUGUUAAACUUUUUUCAUUUACUUACUUAGUUGUACUAUCAGUCUUAGGACUUAGUCCACAGGGUGUUUUUUGGAUAAUAAGUUUCAUUUAUUCAAUAUACAUGUUUAUAUUGAUUUUAUUUCAUUUAUUAUUUUUUUACAAAUUAAAGUUGUUAUUCCUUCUGCAAAUCAUCUGAGUUGAGUGAAAUAAUUCCGUCACCUGGAUCGCUCAGCACCAAAACACAAACAUGAGAACUUCACAGAUCUUCUUCAGUGUGGCUGAAAUCAACAUGCAAGGACACUUAAGAGAAGCAUGAACAUCUGUAGCUCAGGUUAAUACAGGUAAUCUACUAAAACAACUGACAAUUCUUGCGUUUGUGCUUAGAUAAAAUUUCAGAUGCAUCCAGUCUUUGUCUUUUCUGACUUUGUUGAGGUUUAUUAUCAUGCAGUUAUACACUGACAUAGUGAAUGAUGUAUGUCAUCAUGAAACAGACUCCCUCCCCUCCAAAUCCGAUCACAAGUGGUCACAGCAGACACAUUUAAACGACCAGGUGUAAACAGUGAUGUGUCUCACCUGACCACAUGUGAUCGAAUCAACCGAGACGCAUCUUAGUACAAGGUGUAAAGGGGGACUGAGAGACUGACUUGCCUUUUCACUAUUUCUUGACUGCAACACGAUUUUCAAAAAAAAUAAAAAAAUAAAAAAUCUUUAAUACAUUUAACCCUUGUAAAGGUGUGAAAAGAUGUAAGUUCUAUAAUUACAAAAAUAAUAUUUUAUUUGUUUAGUGCCUUUCUGUCAAGUUCCUUAAAUUUGCAGACAACACCACACUAAGACACUGAUGGAUACAUUGUAUCUUAAACCAGUGUGUCAGUUUGUUGUAUGUUUUAAUCCAAUAGACAUGACUUAAU